GUGGAAUAGCAAUGGACAGCUGGACUCUUCAGGGGGACAGUUACUCCUUUCUGCGCAGUGCACCUCGCACAUUUUCCCUGUGCCAUCGUGACGGCACCCCAAACCACGUUGAAAUCUUUGACAUUAUCAACGUCCCUGCUCAACGGAGUGCCAUCUCUGAAACCACCUGUCUGUGCGACAUUUUUGGAGACGACCGUGAGUCGCCGUCCCUCUCCAGCAGCCCCUCUGCAGGAGCCUUUGUUUCAUCCCAGAGGGUGGAGGAAGGCACAACUGCUGCAUCACCUCAGCUUGAUGAGCUGAACGAUUCCUCUGGCUCUUAUCACACUGCACAGGGCUCCAGUGAGGGAGAGGAGGGCUUUGAAGAGUCAAAAGAAGGAUUUUACAGCCCUAUUUUGCAAAACGACUCUUCAGACGGGAGGCAAUUGGAGGAUAAGGAACUGAGCUCAGAAUACCCACAGGUUUCUGACAAAGGUAGUUCAGAUUUAGAACAAAAAGGUGUCACACCAGUACCUCAGCUUAGAGCAGGUACCCCAUCAUCAGUCACCCCAUCAUCUCAGGACCUCAACUGUAGUAAGAGGACACCCUCUCCUGGAUGUUACAGCCCAAGUCCCUUACAUCCAGAGGGAAGACUGUCAUCUUUGUCAUCCUCCUCAUCUGAAAAUAGACUUUUGUCAUCAUCACCUAAUCUCAAACAAAGCUACUCAGAAACUGAAUUGAGGAGAAUAACGCCUUCAUUCAAAAACACACAGAGCAGCUCCUCAACGCAAUCUUUAUCUCCAAGUCCAUCACUUCCAGAAAACUUGUUUGAGCCAAAAGCCACUGACUUCCAUAAAAAGAGUAGUCCAUCACCGCAAUUCACACCUCUUUCUCAGGAUUUUACAGCUUCAGAUCUUGAAUUUAAAACUUUUAUUUCAUCUCCUUUGCCGUCAACCAGUGGUUUAGAGUCUAAAUCUUACUUGGAAGCAGUACUGGUCUCCCCAAAUUUCGGAAAUAGCUCCCCCUCCCCUGACAUUCAAGGAUCAUCUCCUCUUUCUGAGCUAAGAGGAAGAGUGUCCCUACCUGAUCUUUUCAGCAGAGGCUCUACACCUGAUAUAUGUUUUGCCCAAGAUUUUGCCCAAAGCACUGAACAUAUUUCAGAUUCCUCUACUGGAGAAAAGGACACUGCAACUAUCCCUGAGAGCCCAGACAUUGGGUUCUCAGUAGAACCAGGCAGUACAGUUUCUACACCUGGACCUUGUUACACACCACCGUCUUCUGCUGUUUCAGUACUAACAACUCCUGAGCUUGUUGGGGACACUGUUAAACCUGAAUUAAAAAAUACAAGUACCUCACCUAGCCUUCUUAGUCCUGCUUCUCCAAGUAACACUGGGUCAAGAAGUCCCUCUCCUGAGCCAUCUUUUAAUAGACAAAACAGUUUAACAUUUUCUGAAAUUGGGACCCAGGUGUCUUCACCUGUGGUUAGUUUAUCUCCAUCACCUGCAGUAGAGCACAACUGCUCUCCCAUAGAGGACAAAUAUACUUCUCCCUCACCUGAGAUCAGAAUUACAGCAUCCUCACCUGAGAUCAAAAGGAAGGAGAAAUUCUCUCCACUGAAGACAGGAUCAGAAUCGCCUCUGCUAGAUCCUCACUUUGGCUCCACCUCACCUAGAAGCCUCACUUCCUCACCUCAUUUCACAGGGAUUUCUUACUCUGUUGUUCAGCCAGAGGACAGGACCAGUCCCCCAUUUCCUGAACUUCAAGGACAAAGGACUCUUGUGUCCUCUGGAAUAAACAAAAAGAGUACAAACAGCAGUGUAGUUGUGUCCACUGGUACCCCGCAACACUCAACCUCGAGCUCUGUUUCCCUGUCUGAAGCACUUUUAUUGCCACAAUCCAGAAACCAAACACAUUCACCACAACCAAAUACUUUCACCCCUUCACCUGAACCAAGAGAUCUAAUUACAACAUUCGACAAGUUAAAAAGUCCUUCAUCUCAGCACAGAAGUCGAGAUCCAUCACCUGAAGCAUCUCUUUCUGUGCAGAGGUACCAGCAAUCACCAGCAACCCUCUCCACGGAAUAUAAUCCACUGUAUACAAAACCGACUUCUGUAAGAAGUACACCUGAGAUUAAAGCAGAUUCUGUUACAGCAGAUACAACAGAAACACAGUCCCUCACACAUCUGGAAAACAACAGUGUGCCACCCUUGUUUGAUUUAUACAGGAGAGAGAGAAAAGCUGUGAUUGAACUUCCAAACAACUCACCAGUAGAGGCAAUUCAUUCACCUAUAUCUGAAUUAUCAGAUAAAAUUUCAGACAGCUCACUGAUACAACAAACCACAGAAAGAGACGAAACGAUAAAGGAAGCUUGCAUUUGGGAUAGAUUAAGUGUAGUUUCCUCCAUUGAGGAAAAACAAGACAAUCAUUCUCCUGUUUUUCAAGAGGAAGUCAUCAAGUUUGCUUCCCCUAAUCUUAGAUCUCCAGAAGAUAGGAAUCAAGACAUCCAUUCUCCUUUUUUUGAGAAAGAAGUCAAGUCUGCUUCUCCUAAUCUUAGAGCAUUUCUAGAAAGGAAUCAAAACAUCCACUCCCCCUUUUUUGAGAAAGAAACCAUCAAAUCUGCAUCCCCUAAUCCCAGAGCCCCAGAAGACAGGAAUCAAGACACCCACUCCCCAUCUUUUGAGAAAGAAGUAAAACCUGCUUCACCUAAUCCAAGAGCCCCUGAGGAGAGCAAUCCAAAUAUUUCACCUGUCAACAGAGUUAUAUUCAACUCUCCUUGUCAAAAUCUCCAUCCUGAAUUCACUUCUCCUUCCUUUAAUUUUAAUAACAAUGUUUAUUCACCAAAAUGGGUUGGCACGCCUGAGAGUCCAAAAAGACAGCUGUUAACUAAAGUUAAAUGUGAAGACAAAGCGAGACUCACACAGGACAUGUCUCACCACAGACGGCAGACUCCGUCUCCUCCCCUUAUCAGGUUUACACCUGUCCACAUUAUAGCCCCGGAAAAACCAUACAGACAAUGGCAGAGGAAAAGCCCCUCUCAAGCUUUAGCCUCCAAACCGAGUAGUAAUUUAAAGCAAGAAGUGACAAAUAGGGAUAGCCCCAAUGCUGACCUUGCUGACACGACUAGCCAGGCCCAUUGGAUCCAGCUAAGAAAGCAAAUGGAGAUGGACAGGAAAAUGUCACUGGAGCAAGAAAGAGAUUUAGGUAUGGACGGGGGGAUGAACAGAGAGAUGGAGGAGGAGCAUGCUCCAGAAAGAGAGGCGGGGUGGCAGGGAGCUGCCAGUUACAGAGGGGAACAGGCUGAGCUGUCAUUCAGUGCCAGGAAUAGAAAAGGACCUGCGAGUCACAGUGCAGGUCCCACAAGCAGAGAGGCAAGUCAGGGACUGCCAACAGCACAUUCUUAUCCAGAGAGCCUGCUUGUGACAAGACAACUACAGCAACAACAAAGUCUACCUAAACUUCCCUCUCAACAAGACACCCUGGGCGGGAGCACCAGCAGAAAACUUCAACCUGCAUCCCAGGACAGGAAAAGGGCUCCUCGACGAUUGGCUACAAACAGGCCGUGUCAGAGCUCCAGCUCCAGCAUGGGAAGUGAACUUGAUGAAGCAGACAAUGAGGUGAAGUGGCUGACAGAUGUGGCUUUCCGCAGACUGUCGAGCCCUGAAAUAGAUUACCUUGACAUGUACAACUCAAGUCACUGUUCCUCUACAAACAUCUCUCAACCAUCCACUCAGGAGAGCCCAGCUGGGGUCAACGCAGCCUGGAUGGCCUAUGCCGACUUCAGAGGUUCAGCACCAAAGCUUGACCAUGAUGAACUCUCCUUCCAUCAACCAUCUACACAAUAUUCAGAUGGCCUAGAUUCAUCUCGACAGUAUGAACUGGGGAGCUUUGAAUGCAUAGAUGUCGCUGUGGAAAGAGAAGACUGCAGGAGGGUGAGAAGAGGAGUCCCAAAAAGACAGAUUCAGCUGAAAAGAAAGAAUACUGUUGAAGGGAAGCAGGAUGAAAGCAGUGAAAACAGCAGUCCCGGGGUACCAGCAAUGGUGGAAAGCCCCUCUCAGGAGGGACACUCCAGAGGGACUUUCAUGAGACAGCAUAGUACACCAGCAGCAAUGCAAGAAUGUCGCACUUCUGAUGGCAGUGCUGAACUUGAUCAACAAAAGAUAAGACAGUCCAAAUUUCAAAAGUCCGCUUCUAUGGAUGAAACGUACUCUAAAACAAAGAUGGCUUCAUGCCUUAUCAAGAAUGUGUUGUCAAAGAAGAUGCAAAGCACUGAUAGACAACCUGAUGAGCAAGCAAAUGAAGAAGCAAGUCUGUCAUCAGGGAGCGUGGUGGCACCACUUAAAGAGUCUCCGAAACCUGACUCACGUGAUUUGAGUUCUAGUCUUCAGUCAGAUUAUAGCCUAUCAUCCGAGGGAGUUUCUGUGAGAGGCGAGUCAAGCACAAACGAACAAACCAAACUGCCUAAAAGCUAUGGAGUGAGAUGUAAUACCAGGCCAAGUUCAUCCAGCAGUGGCAGAAGUGUUACUUUUUCCCUGACUGACAUCGGGGAAGAUGUUUCUCACAGGAGGAGUGCAAAAUUGUCUGAAUCUGAGGUAAAAUCUGAAUUAAACUUGGAAUUUGAGUGUGGAUCAGAGCUAACUCCCGGAAGGGAGGCAAUUAACUCAGCAAAUGCCACUGCUUGGGACACAGGAGCGUCUUCUGCCAGUGAAGCCACUGACACACAAGCAAGAGUGACAAACAGAGACCAGGAAUGUGAAAACACAGAGCCCCAUAAACAAGUGUUGCAGGGUGACAAAGGUACAUCUAGAACACAGGAGAUUACAGUCAAAUCCGUGGAAAAAAAGAAAGCCUCACUAAAUGUCUGUCUCACACCCGAGACAGAAAACAAACCUUUUUCACCAGGUGUGUCUAACAGGCAAAAUGAGGAAAAGACUGAGACCCAUGUAGAGGAGAAAACUGAGGAUGAAGGGCAUGAAGAUAAUCCAACUAAAGCUCCCAUGCACAAAGUUAGAGAUGUGAGGCAGCUUGUGAAAAAUACAUACAGCCUAUCCUUCAAGGCAGCUACAGCUGUACACUCAUCAAAUGUGAAUGACGAGAAGAUGGAAAAUUUUAAUGAAGAAAGGAGGGAAGAGGUCUCAGCAGCAGAUGAAAGGGAUGCAACACAGGAGAUAAAGAUAGAAGAAAAGCGGGAGAACAAAGAAAAAACAAUCUGGAUGGAGAAGAACAAGGAACAAAAAGAGGCUGAAAAAGAUCCAAACUUGCAAAUCUUACCUCAGAACAAAGGAAGUUCUCUGUCUAGUCCACAGAUAAUGCAAAUAGAAUAUAAAGCUGUGUGCUGGAAAGAUGACAAAAAUAAAAGGUCAAGCAUCCAGGGUGAUUUAAGUGACAAACCCCAAGAAUCUUUCAAGUAUUUGAGCAAAGAGUUUGAGGAACUCCAGUCCUCAAAUCCAGACUCUGCAAACCAGACAACAGAAAACAAAGAGGUUCACAAGCUUUGUGAACACAAUUUUAAUAUUACAGCAGAAAUGCAAAAAAACAUUUCAAAAACCCAUAAAGAGCCAGUCAGCGAGGAGAACCCUGUGAUGACAAAAACCGAUCAAAAGCCUCCCAUGCUUGAAAGCCUCUCUAAACUUCCAAGCAAGGAAAGAGAGGUGUCCACUGCUGUCGUGUUAAUAAGAGAAAAGCAAAAUAAAAGCAAUGUGUUGGUAUCUUCAAAUAAAGAAGAGGCUCUUCCCUCAAUCCAGGCAUCAGCACCUGCAUCACUUUCACCUGGGCCUUUUACCCCUAGCAGCACAUCUGGUACUGGUGGCCACUCAGUUUCCAUGCUAUUAAAGGAAAAAGGUUAUCAAGCUGACAUUGGAGCAGUGGUCUCAGACAAUCAGAGCUCAGCUGGACUUAUGGGGGUUCCUCCUAAGCAUGUGAACAGUCUAAAGAUCCCCCUUCAGUCCAUUCCUCCUUCAGAUGAAGGUUUGCUUAAGUCUCACAGAGACGAGACAUUUUCUUCGUCUACCACCUCCGGACCCUCAUCAGUGACUGACAACACCAACAUUGUCACAAAAUCUAAAGAAGGUGAAGGGGUUAUUGUUAAACCUCAGGAUACUGCAAAGCAAAAAAUAACUUCACUGGAGCCAAUCCCUUCUCCCGCCAAACAAAAAGACACGGGGGAUUUUGAAGCAGUUAAAAGAAUAGAUCCAACUUUCCCUCCAAGGUCCCCCGCUAUAAGAAAAUUUAAACCAAAGCCAGUUGAGGUAAAAUUGUUGUCUAAAGAAGCACCGAAGCAAGAAAUGCUCACAAACUUGACAGGAAACAACAGGCCUCAAACCAUUGAGGUGAGAUCUAUUGCUAAAAAUUCUCAAAAACCAGCUGUUCCUCCUAAACCUAACUGCAAAUUUAGACCUGCAGAUUUAGGAAACUUACUAAACGACACGCAGAGAACAUCUGCAACAUCAUCGUCAUCUGGAAAACCACAGGUUGAGGAGAGGCCUCAAACAAUUGUAGUAAGCUCCCCCACAAUCUAUAGGAAGAUUUCUAAUGAGUCCAUGGCGACAUCAAACUAUUCAAAAAAACUGACUGUGUCUGCGGUGUCGAGCCUUAAGCCUCCUCCUCACAGACCAACAGCAACCACCAUCUCCACCCCAACAAGCCAGCCUAAAACAUCAUCGGACACAGAGGCAUCUACUGACAGAGUUCAGCACCAACAAUCUGCUGCUUCCCCUCAGAGCCCAAGAACUGCACCAAAAACUGCAUCCUUAACUACAACACCAGCUGCUAGCUUAGAUGUAACAUCAGCUUCAGAUUCAAGUUCAGACCCCAAACCAAACCAGAUCCCUGGGGUUCUCCCAUCAGAAGCCAGCCAAUCAGCUGCCGCAGAUUCAGACAGUCCUCUCCAGUUUCUCAAGGGAACUUGUCAUCUUGAGCAAGCUCUGCCUGGUACUUUAAAUACAAACCAACUCACUGGUGUUUCCCCAGUGCAAGAACAAAGCUACACGCAUCAACCAUAUGGCAGAUCAGUCUCCAGCGAGCAUGCCCGAAGAUUAGAUAAUCUUCAUUUUUAUGCCUCAGAUGAUCCUCCAAGUUAUGAUGAAAGAGAGAGCUUCAGUCCACUUUUGCUCCCAGAUUUGACUCCCCUGAGAUCAAAUCGCUAUCAGCCCUCAUCCCGCCCUCCUCCCUGCCCCUGCACAGCUGGGAUCCCCCCUCACUCUGGUCAUACAUCUCCUCAUCAUCAUCGCAGCCCCCAUAACUUUACUCCACCUGGUCCAACACAUUCUUCUUACCAAGUGAGCCAGCCCCCUCAACAUCCUCUCAAGUACAGACAUGAUCCGCAGCCAACAAGUUAUCAACCAGGCUCUCCAAAAUCAAGCCCUCUUGGUCCAAACCAACCCAUGUACCAGCCUCUCCAUCAGUCUGCUCCCUGCCCUCCCCACCCCUCACUCAUGCAGGCCUGUCCUGCUGAUCGGUCAAUGCAACCCCCCCAACACAUUGGCCCUCGACGGCCUCCAGUUCACAGAUCUCCCCAUCAGCAAUCACCAAACAUUGCUGGGGCUCCUUAUAGCGAUCCUGGCCACAGCCACUCUCCUGGCCUACCUCCUAUCGAUCCUCAGUACAUGUGUGGCCCUCAGACCAUGGGAUCUUCUUACGGCUCUGAAUAUGGAGGUGAUAGCUCUAGUUUGUAUUCAGAAAGUAGCUUCGGACAGACGCCCCGCAGAGUCCUUCUAGAUCCUGAAACAGGAAAAUAUUUUUUUAUUGAGGUGCCUGUACAACCACUAAGAAAAAUGCUGUUUGAUCCAGAGACCGGCCAGUAUGUGGAGGUGCUUAUCCCACAGCAGGCAAUGUCCCAUUCUGGUCUGUAUCCUCCUUCUGCAGCCCCCUUCCCACCCCUCCACAACCCCAACAUGUACGCCCCUGCUCCACAGUACAUGCCCUGUGCAGCUCCUCCUCCAUUAGCCCACCCUCAGGCUCAGCCACCCCAAUAUCUUGAAGCCUCUGCUGCAGCAACUAUGCACCCAAACAGACCUGGUGUUGGCUACAGGAAUCCUUGUCAAGGAUCCAAGCCAGAUCCCCCAAAUCAUCCCCCAUUGGACCACAGCUACCUGGAGAAUAGAUAUUAUGUCCCCACAGGGAUAAAUGUAAGCCCAAAUCCCACUCCACCAGACUAUUACCACAAGCAUCCCCCUAACAUGCCCACGACAGGGGGGAAUAGGUCCUGA